AUGAGCUGGUGGCAAGUUACCCAAUGGCCGAUUAUUGCCACGUUCUGCAGCUUGGUGUUGGCACCCAGUCGAGCUCGCGUGAACCGAAACGCCGAACAGAAAAGUUUGUGCGAAAAGGCUGCAGCUGCUCCUACGAGUACAAUGCCAGCUGUAGAAGUGCCUGACUGGCUUUCAGAGGUAGAAGAUGCAGUUUGGCAUGCUUUGUGCACAACAGGUGUUGAGCGUCCCAACAGCUGCGUCGCAAACCUCUACGCCGAUGGUAUGGAAUCUGUGGAUUGGCACGCCGACAAUGAGCCUCUCUUUGAAGGGCUGCUGGGUGAUUGUCGCAUUGUAAGCCUUUCGUUGGGGGAGACGCGACGCUUUGACUUGCGCCGGCGCCGUGGCUUGAGCAACCCACAGCAGCACCUGGAACGCGUCUCAGUGGAUUUGCAGCAUGGGGAUCUGAUCACCAUGGAGGGAUGUUUUCAGAAGCACUGGUAUCAUCGCGUGCCCAAAGCUGGUGGCGUUACCAGGCCUCGCAUCAACUUGACGUGGCGAAGCAUCCGUCGCCAUCAUGCCACAUGCCCUCUGGCGAAGAAAAUGUGUCAUGAUUGUUGCAGCUCGUGCGGCGGAAUGGUUUGA